UGUCUCUUUAAGAUGAACAUUUUGUAUUUACUUGUGACAGUUUUCUUCUUAUUUUUUGGCAACUCAUGUCAUUGCGCAAAGUCGGUCAGUUCGAAGAGGCGCCUAACUAACAAUAGAGUUAUUGGUGGUGUAGUUGCUACAGAACCGAUAUAUUAUCAAAUAUCUCUCCAAAAAUUCUAUCCAACUUCUCAAACGUGGAGACACAUUUGCGGCGGAUCCAUUAUUGGAAAAAGUCAUGUUCUAACUGCUGCUCAUUGUACCGAUGGCAAAAAGCCCGAACAAUUAUCUGUGGUUGUGGGUACUUCUAGCUUGAGGGCCGGAGGAUUAAGGCACUUGAUUAAGUCAUAUGUUCAACAUGAAUCCUAUAGCUCACGGGGAAGUUCGGUUUAUAAUGAUGUAUCAGUUAUUAAGGUCGAGGUUCCGUUCAAAUUUUCCGAUAAGGUCGGUCCAAUAAGCUUAGCUGAGAAUUUCGAUCGUCGUAUGGAGAAUAAUUAUCCUGUGACUUUGACGGGUUGGGGUGUUAUUGAUAUGUAUAGUCAAUUAAUCAUACCGGAAAAUUUGAUGAUUUUGAACUACACAACAAUUUCAAAUGAAGAAUGUAAAUUAAGAGGCUACGCAGGAGUUUCAAGCAAUGAAUUGUGUGCUUUUGUCGGAAGAGGCAAGGGAUCAUGUUUGGGUGACUCUGGUGGUCCAUUGGUCAAUCGCGAUCGAAACAUUCUAAUCGGUCUCGUCUCAUACGGCUCUAAUAUCUGUGCAAGCAAUAAGCCUGAUGUCUAUGUUCGAGUAUCAAAAUUCAUUCCAUGGAUUCAAAGAGCCGUAAAAGAUCUGAUACCAUGAACCAACAAAAAGCUGAAUAAAAUCAAUUAAAUGGCUUCACUAUAUCUACAA